CCCUAGCUAGUUCGUAGCCACCCAGCCAUUCUUAGACGUGUAGCGCUCGCUUUCUUUCAAUUUAGAUUAGUUUUUAGUUGGAGGGUGAUUUAGGUCAGCUUCUUAUAGACUUUUGUUUAUAAAUAAACAAUAUCGAUCUCUCGUCCAUUUUAUUUGAAAAACCUAACAAGCAAAACAGAGAAAGAGAGAAACACUUGUACACACAGAAUGGGUUGUAUAGAGAUGGAUAAGGAGAGGCUCACGGCUGAGAUGGCCUUUAAGGACUCCUCCUCCGCCGUGAUCAAGAUUCGUCAGCAUUUGCCGGACUUUCUACAGUCCGUUAAGCUCAAAUACGUGAGGUUAGGUUAUGGCUACUCUUGUAACCCUGCUACCAUUCUCAUGUUUCUCAUAAUUGUACCUUUAUUUAUAGCCACACUUGUUCAGUUCACUGGUCUAGAACUAGACCGGGUUUAUGAAUUUUGGAGGACUCAGUCCCUUCAUGAAUUCCACGCGGCCACAAGACUUGCCGGUUCGGCCAUUUUACUCUUUCUUCUUGCUCUCGUUUGGGCUAAACGGUCCAAGCCAGUCUAUCUAGUCGACUUUGCAUGUUACAAACCGGAAGACGAGCGUAAAAUAUCGGUGGAUUCAUUUUUAAAGAUGACUGAAGAUCUCGGGGUUUUUGAGGACGAGACUCUUCGAUUCCAGACACGUAUAUCAACCCGGUCUGGUCUUGGCGAUGAAACAUAUCUUCCGAGAGGAAUAACAUCUAGACCACCGAAUUUGUCCCUGGAAGAAGCUCGGGUCGAGGCCGAAUCGGUCAUGUUUGGUGCACUAGACGAUCUUUUUAGCAAAACCGGAGUUAAACCAAGAGAUAUUGGUAUCCUUAUUGUGAAUUGCAGCUUAUUUAAUCCCACACCGUCUCUAUCUUCCAUGAUAGUGAAUCACUACAAGCUUAGAACGGAUAUCAAGAGUUACAAUCUUGGCGGCAUGGGUUGCAGCGCCGGGCUUAUCUCUAUUGACCUUGCAAAAGACCUACUCAGAGCAAACCCCAAUACAUAUGCAGUUGUGGUAAGCACUGAAAACAUCACUCUUAAUUGGUAUUUCGGUAAUGAUAGGUCAAUGUUAUUAUGCAACUGCAUUUUUCGCAUGGGUGGUGCUGCUGUUCUUCUCUCAAACAAAGCACGAGAUCGUGUCCGGUCCAAGUAUCAGCUGGUCCACACUGUUCGGACCCACAAAGGAGCAGAUGAUAAAAACUACCGAUGUGUUUAUCAGAGAGAGGAUGAUAAAGGAGAUAUUGGGGUGUCCUUAGCUCGUGAAUUAAUGGCAGUAGCUGGUGAUGCAUUAAAAACGAAUAUCACCACAUUGGGUCCUUUAGUUCUGCCUUUAAGUGAACAGUUUAUGUUUUUUGUCGCACUUCUUAGAAGAAAGCUGUUGAAAGCCAGAAUCAAGCCUUAUAUACCUGAUUUCAAACUUGCAUUCGAACAUUUUUGCAUCCAUGCUGGAGGUAGAGCUGUUUUGGACGAGUUACAAAAGAAUCUGCAACUCAGUGACUGGCACAUGGAGCCAUCAAGAAUGAGUUUGUACAGGUUUGGUAACACAUCAAGUAGUUCAUUGUGGUAUGAACUGGCUUACACUGAGGCAAAGGGUCGGGUUGUAGCCGGGGACCGGGUAUGGCAGAUUGCAUUCGGGUCGGGUUUCAAGUGCAACAGUGCUGUUUGGAAAGCACUGAGGGAGAUUCCAGCGGGUGAGUCAAAGGGUAACCCGUGGAAUGACUCGAUUGACUGGUACCCGGUCAAGGUUCCCUCGGCCUGAUUGCUUAUGUGGCAUUGUAUUACUGGAUGUGAUAGUCAUUUGGAUGUUGAUGUGGCAUUGGGAGUCUUCGAUUUUACUCUCUUGUUUUUUUACCUUUUUUGUCUUCUUUGUAUCAGAACACAGCGACAUCGCUGUCAUUUGUCGUGUUAUACAAAUAAUAGUAAUAUAACUAGGUCUCAUGCCCACGCAA